UUUGAUUCAUAAUAGAACGUUAAAGAUUGUAUUUUGUUUAUAAGAAGUUGCUUUUUAUGCAAUGCAAUCUCGUAUGAAUUAUAAAUGAAAUAGUUAUAAUCAAUGUAUAUUUUCAUUUGUGCUUGUAGACGAUUUAAUCGUAAUUGGAAUCAUUUUAGAGUGAAAAAAUACAUUGUGUCUAUGUGUCUUUUAGAAAUACUGUUGCCUCGAUGCUUGGAUUUCAGAAAGCUUUAGAUUUUUUAACCAGUGAAGAUCGUCUUUCGCAGACACUAUCGGAUUUUGAUACCGUAAUGACUCGGACAAUCUUCCAGAGCGAAUAUAAAUAGUCAACUGUCGCCUCUCCGUUCUUCCACGAUGCGUUGAAAUAGGAUACCACGUUUCAUAAAAGCGAACUUUAACGUUUUUAACCAUGUCUUAUUUUGGUACUCAUAUCAGUUUCAUGGCUUGGCUAAUGUUUGACGCUUUUCUGAGCGCUUCUGGGUCGCUACCUUGCGACGCUAGAUGCUCGUGCCAGAUGACGCCAAUCGACGUCAAAGUGACGUGCGUCGGAUUGAACAUCACUGACGUCCCAAGAGGAUUGCCAAGUAACACUACAAAACUAUAUUUGAGUGGCACCAACAUUAAAGAAAUACAGGCAGGGACUUUCGAAAUGUAUCCAAUGCUCACCGAACUAUUCUUCCGGGACACCUCCACUGACCCCUGUCUGCUGGAGUAUCUGGAACCAGGGGCAUUUGCCGGCCUUCACCAUCUCGAGGCGUUGGGAUUUAUUGGAUGCGGAAAACUGACGUCUAUGGAUGCUGGAGUUUUGGGCACGUUUGAAAACUUAGAAACACUACAUAUUUACCGCAGUGGAUUAACGGCUGUUCCCGACCUUUCUCUCUUUAAAACAGUCAACCGUGACAUGGAAGGUGUGAUGAAAGAAAUAGAUCUACACAGCAAUCGAAUCGAUAAAAUCAAGGCUUACGACUUCCAAGGCAUACGUACGGACACCUUAAACCUUGAAGAAAACAUAAUCACCAGAAUAGAUGGAUUUGCGUUUAAAAAUGCCACCAUAGUAAACUUAAUCUUAAGACGAAACGAACAUCUUAUGGAUAUACAUGACAUGGCGUUUGAAGGAUUAAAUGAAUUGAUCAAUAAGAUAGAUCUUUCUAAUACAAAAAUAACUUCAUUGCCAACUAAGGGUUUACGGAACAUACGUCAGUUAAGACUUAAGCAGACGCCCACAUUGAAGCACUUUCCAACUGUGCUAGAAUUCCAAAAGAUUGAACUAGCAGAAUUGACGUAUCCACAUCAUUGUUGUGCCUUCCGAAACCCAGAAAAACAAAAUCCAAGCGCGUGGAAAGCAAAACAAGCACAAGAAAGAAUAAACAAAGCUUGUGCAAUAACUACCACACCUAUGUCUAAAGUUAUACCGGAAACACUUCCUGUAACCGUGGUAACGGAUGAGAUACCUUCGAAUUUCCAGAAAUGGGAUUUUGUAAAUUCGGACAGUAAAAGAAUCCUAAGGGGUGGUAGAACCAAAAGGAAUUUAGAAAAUUUUGGUGAUUUGAAUUUUGACGAUUCUGAUCAGAUAAAUAGUUCUAGUAUCGCCUCCGGGUUUGGUUUGUUCUUACCAGGGAAAGGUUCGAACACCGACGACAACGGCCCGUUACUAAUUGGACCAGGAAUGACUUUCCAUCGAUCGACGGUGCCCGAUGAUGAUAAUUUAACGCAGAGCGUGUUCUGUGGGAAGAUAUAUAUUUACAAUAGAAACGUAACCUGCACUCCCGAACCCGAUGCAUUCAACCCAUGCGAAGAUGUGAUGGGCUACGUUUGGUUACGGGUGUUAGUGUGGUUUGUUUUACUAGCGGCAUUACUCGGUAACAGCAUCGUUCUUAUCGUGCUUAUCACCAGCCGUGGAAAAUUCACCGUUCCAAAGUUUCUCAUGUGCAAUCUCGCCUUUGCUGAUUUCAUCAUGGGAGUAUACCUAAUUCUUCUUGCAUCUAUUGAUGUACAUACGCUGGGCGAGUAUUUCAAUUACGCUGUGCAAUGGCAAAACGAAGGGGGCUGCCAAGCAGCAGGCUUUCUAUCCGUGUUCUCUAGUGAGCUGUCGAUUUUCACUCUCACAAUUCUUACACUAGAGAGGUGGUAUGCGAUUAGUCACGCUAUACAUUUAAACAAGCGCAUGAAGCUGCGACAAUCUAUGGCCCUUAUGCUCACUGGGUACACAUUUGCGACGAUCUUGGCCAUGCUUCCAUUGCUCGGAAUAAGUGGAUAUGGAAACGUCAGCAUCUGUCUGCCAAUGAAAGCCGACGACGUUCUCGAUAUCUCAUAUGUUGUUUCGUUGCUGGUUAUGAACGGAAUAAUGUUUCUGGCCAUUUGCUCGUGUUACAUUAACAUGUACUGGAAGGUAAAAAGCAGUGCAUCAACAGCUCGUAGCAAUGAUGCCACUAUUGCAAAACGCAUGGCUUUACUUGUGUUCACAAACUUUGCUUGCUGGGCACCGAUUGCUUUUUUUGGACUCACGGCAUCCGCUGGGGUGGCUUUAAUUGAUAUAACAAACUCUAAAAUCCUAUUAGUUUUCUUUUAUCCACUAAACUCAUGUGCGAAUCCAUUUUUAUAUGCUAUAUUAACAAAACAAUUUCGCAAAGACUUUUUCAUUUUACUCGGAAAAUAUGGCAUUUGUGUUGAGAAGGCUAACAUAUACAGAGGCACGAUGGCAUCCAGAACAUUGUCACAUUCUCGAAAUCCUAAAAAAGAAGCCGCUCUUCGACGAAAUCGCUUAGCAGCGAGGGAGACCGUCUUUACUAACUUUGGAGAUAGCCAUCUUAAUACAAAACCCAACCAAAAUCACCACGCAACUCCAAAGAAAGUUCACCCAUUCAAAAUCGAACAGGUUGAGGUGCAACCGUUCAUAAAAAAGAGUCAUAUUGACCGAGCAGUAGAAUUUGCAAACAAAGAUCCGGUUCUCAACGACGAAGCUGUAUCAGAGACAUGGGGAGAUAACGAAUGUGCCAUAGCACCUGGUCAAAGACAUCCCCCUUAUGUCAGAAGCGUGAGUGACUACGCUAACUUUUUCACGUCUCGUAAAUGUUCAUCAACGAAGUGUGGCGCAUACACGAGGGUUAGAACAAGUGUUGAAACAUGUUUUAGUAACAGUACCGAUACCACGUGUAUCAGUGAAAACUCCCACACGCCGGAUGACAUCUGGAAAAUACGAGAAAUAGACGAUGAAUCAGCGAUCACCUUUCCCACAUUAAAUGAAACUGACUUAAAUGAGGAACGAUUUCAAAAUCUCUAUGAACAUGACAGUCGGCACUGUAAAGACAGCGCAUGUGCGAUUUGCUUAUUUCCGGAUGCGAAAUCAGUAAACGACAAUCAUACACACGUACGGAGCCGUUUGAAUAAAACGGUUACAUUUGGAUCUCAGAACCGAGUGAGAAGUCAGUCGCUUGAAAGUUUUGAAGAGGACAUGCAGAGGUUUAGAAGUUCAAGCCUGCAAGACACGGGAGAGGAGUAAAAACAUUCACCCUAUGGUCCAGUAUGACGCAGUUAUCAAACUAGAUCUUUAUCUCGAUAUGAAUACUAAACAUAUGAAUAUAAUACAAAACACAUAUAUAUAUUUCAUUCUAUGUUUGACAUCGAGGGUAAGUUUUAGAAUUCGUAUUCUUGUGGAUUGAGGUUAACAUUUUUUAAAUUUAAAUUGUUGUAAUUUCAUGUAAUAAAUUACGUUAGAUUCGUUUAUAUUACGCUUUUUAUAGGGUUAUAGAAUUGAUUAUUCAAGGAAAAAUAAUCAAUAAUCUUGAUUAUGAUCUUUUACAAUUGAAAAAGCUGAUAGAACAAUCGGUAACGUGUUUAAGAAACAACUUAAGUAACAUCCUACUUUAUACCAGUGUUGUAUUUGUUGUGCGUGCUAGGUAUUGUCAAAUUCAUCAUAGGUUUAUCCAUGAAGGGUACACAUGUAUAUAAACUUAAUACAUGUAUAUCAACCUGGCAUCAAUUUAAGACUACUUAUAUUUCUAAAUAUUUGAGUGUUUGGCAUGGCUCAUUUACCAAUGAACCUUUUCUUUUUUUUUAAAGUGAUUGCUUUUAACCAUAUGUUUUUAAAUCACCUUAUGGUUUUUGAUGAUUCUCUUCUUUUUUAACUUUAGUAUAAUAAGCACAUUUUAUGUUCAUGCCUUUGUUUGUGUUAUUACUAAAAUAUUUUCGAUUGAUUAAAUAUGUAUUGGUAACUUA